AUGUCGGAACAAUGCGGUGUUGGUCAUCUGCUGUGGGAAGGCAUCGGUAACUCGGGCACAGGACUGGCCAAUGCAUGGAAUACUUGUCUCUUUUUCAUCGGGCUGACCUAUGGGAUCUCCUUAUUGACGGGCAAUUUUUCGCAGGUGGACAAACUGUGGAGUGUUGUUCCGUGGGUGUAUGCCUGGAUAUUGGUCAAUGAUUCCAGGACACUCCUCAUGGCCAUUGUAACAACUGUGUGGGGACUCCGGUUGUCAUACAAUUUCAAUCGUCGAGGAGGAUAUUCGUGGCCACCGUGGUCCGGAGAAGAAGACUACCGAUGGGCAAUCCUGCAACGAGGAGAUUACAUUGCGGCACUCAAGAAUCCAGUGGUGUGGCAUAUCUUCAACUUUGUCUUUAUCAGCUUCUACCAAAAUGUACUCCUCUUGUUGAUUGCCACGCCGUCCAUGGUGGCACAUUUGGUGGCCAGCAAUGACAAGCAGGACUGUUUUGGCAACAACAAUCAUCCACUCAACUUUUUGGAUUUCCUGGCAGCAAUGAUCUUACUGGGGCUGGUAGUGGUGGAAACCUUAGCCGACAAUGCACAAUUCGCCUUUCAGACAGAGAAAUAUCGGCGCAAAAAUGCUGGAGAACCACUGGAUGGUGAAUACAAGGAUGGUUUUUUGCAGUCGGGACUUUUUGCCAUUUGCCGAAAACCAAACUAUGCUGCCGAACAAGCUAUCUGGUGUACAUACUACCUCUUUUCAGUGGCAGCAUUGUGGACAGUGGAAUCAUUGAGUUUGACAUCCAAAUUGUUCAAUGCAUCCAUCUUGGGUUGUCUCCUCCUCAUGUCUCUGUUUCAGGGAUCAGGACAUAUGACAGAAUAUGUUACAAUUUCCAAGUACCCCGCCUAUGUGGAAUAUCAAAAGCAAGUGCCGCUCUAUUUGCCCAAUCCGUUCGGAAGUGGCACCAAGAGUAAAUCCACUUAG